AUGAAUCACCAACAAAUAUCUUACUCUCCUGAAUGCAGAGAUUCAAUGUCUGAGAGCACUAUUCAAGAAUUCUUGGCACAGGGUUUACUAGCAACAUCGCUGUCUUGGCCGCAAUUCCACGCGUUAGUCGCUAAAGAUCAUGAACUGCUAUCUAACGAUCAGAUAGCUUACGUGUAUGAACAUUUGAAAAGGGAAGAGGAGAAGUUUCUCAAAAAUAGUCGAGAAAGGGUACAAGAGCAUUUAACGAAGACAAGAUCCAGGUCGAGAGAAAAUUUGGAAGCUACGCAAUUGAAAAGUACAGUGUCGGUUGAGGAUCUGGUGAAUUCCCUAUAUUCGGCACAUCAACUUUUGGAUGAUCAAACGACUCAACUCAACUCUAAUAUCAAUGAUUACGUACAGAAACUGCGGGUUAUCGAGGAACAGAUGAGACCCCUAAAGAAGCCAGGACAUAUUCACAGCAUCCUGGAAAAACUUGAAACUCUGGCUGACCAGGCCAAAGGUUCUCAAGACUAG